AUGGAUCGGCCGAAACUCACGGCGGAAGAGAUGCGCAAGGGCCUCAGUGAACUUGACGAUGCUAUGGGGGAAAACGAAAUGAUAUACGCGUUUUCCCCGAUCACAGUAAUAUCACCAGGCGGAUUCCUCGCGGUCUCAUAUCUGAAAAACCGCAGUACCACGGAGGAUAUCGAUAUAAUAAUCGACCCACAGUGGACUGGAGACCAGGAUAUUAUCCCAGCUCUCCGAGACCUAUUCACAACUGUGGGUGAUAAGUUGGAGCUGGGCGAAAAAUGGCUCAACGACGACGUUUCUUUGUUUCUCACUCAGACGGCUCGCGAACAGCUCUUCCAAGCAGCUACGGAACAGAACAUCGUUCUCUAUGAAGGCACAAACCUCAUAGUGCUCGGGGCCCCCCUAGAAUGGGGCCUUGAAUCGAAGCUGAGGCGGGUCCACACCAAGCCCGAUCAUCCCAAAGUGCCAACCGACAUGCAAGAUAUACUUGCCAUCCUGAAACUUCUGAGGGACCGCAAAGGAGGACCGUUGGAUCGACGGGCGAUACGCGAAAGUAACGUGAACGGAUUCGACCAACUUCCAAGUGAGCAAACCAUCGAUCGCGUGGCUGAAGCGUACAGAAAGCAAUAUAACGAGGAGCCUUUCCAUUAA